CGUCACUUCCGGUUCCAUGUGCAUACACUGAAGUUGUGAAGCGUUAGCUAAUAGUGUGCUGAAUCUGAUAUGGCGGAUAUCACAAUGGCAGUGACAGUUGCUUAUGGCUCAACCAAACACAACAUCACUUUAACAGCACAGGAUGGACAUGAACCACUGUUAAAGGAUUUGUGUGAAGCGCUGACAGAAGCCACAGGAGUGCCAGUACCAUCCCAGAAAGUCAUAUUUAAAGGGAAAUCACUGAAGGAGAUGGAGGAGCCUCUGUCCAGCUUUGGAAUAAAGCAGGGUUGUAAACUGAUGAUGAUUGGAAAGAGGAACAGCCCGGAGGAGGAAGCUGAACUUAAAAAGCUCAAAGACAUUGAAAAGUCAGUGGAACAAACCGCCAAGAAGCUUGAGAAGGUGGAUGGUGAACUCACAGGACUGAAGAAUGGUUUUCUUGCAAAAGAAUUGCAAGCCGAGGCUCUUAACAAACUGGACCACAGGGUGAAAGUUGCCUCUGAGCAGUUCAUGAAAAUCCUAGAGGAAAUAGAUGGAAUG